AUGUUCGAUGAUACCGACUAUAUGCGUCAAAAAGAGACUAUAAUUGAAAAGACUGAAGAAGCUUUCGAAGAAGGUUUUUUGGAAGCUUUGAAAGCUGAACGUGAGAAAAAGGAGAAGCCUGUGGAGUCUUCGUCCGAUUCUGAUUUUGAUAUCGAUGAUUUACCUGGUAGCUUGAAAACUAGAAAACGAAAGGCAGGAUCGACGUCGGCAGAAGUCGAGCAGAAAAAGACGAAAUUGGAUGACGAAGAUGAUGAUUCUAGUUCCGAUUCGGAAGAGAAUGAUGUCGACCCUGAACUGCUUCGUGAGAUCCAGGACUAUUUUACCGCCCAAAACGGGGAAUCGUCGAAGUCAUUGCAAGAUGAGAAACCCACGACGUCAGAAGUCGAAACCUUGUGCGUGACGGAUUGCAGCGAAAAUGCUUCGGAAAAUGUGGAGGUUCCUCCUAGCGAACCUACAGAAAGUGCGCCGGAAAAGGAGAAGAUCAGUGAAGCAACGGACUUUCCCGCUGUAGACCUGUCGUUAUAUGAUAGUGCCGUUCAACUGGAGGAGCUCGGGCUCAAUCAUCUCAAACAUGCUUUGAUAGCUCGUGGAAUGAAGUGUGGUGGCACCUUACGUCAAAGAGCUGAGCGUUUAUUUUCCGCGAAGAAGGAUGAGGAAGAGAAGACGUGA